AUGCAGAACAACCACCACAAGGAGCACCUCUAUAAGAUCCUUGUGAUAGGGGACCUCGGGGUCGGCAAGACCAGCAUCAUCAAGCGGUAUGUCCACCACAACUUCAGCCCCAACUACCGAGCCACCAUCGGCGUGGACUUCGCCCUCAAAGUCCUUAACUGGGACCAGGAGACGGUGCGCCUUCAGCUGUGGGACAUCGCAGGUCAGGAGAGGUUUGGCAACAUGACUCGUGUGUACUACCGUGAGGCCAUGGGCGCCUUCAUUGUGUUCGACGUCACCAGGCCCGCCUCCUUGGAGGCCGUGGCUAAAUGGAAGGAGGACUUGGAUUCCAAACUGACACUUGCCAAUGGAAAGAAUGUAGCCACUGUGCUUUUGGCUAAUAAAUGUGACCAGGGCCGGGACGUGCUCACGAAUAACGGAAUAAAGAUGGAGCAGUUCUGCCAGGAGAACGGCUUUGUGGGAUGGUACGAGACAUCGGCCAAGGAAAACAUCAACAUCGACGAAGCAGCGAACUGCCUGGUGAAACACAUCAUCGCCAGCGAGAAAGACCUGCUCCAAUCAGAAGUCCCCGACACCAUCACCCCGCAGUUAGAGAAUGAUAAAGGCGGGACCUGCUCGUCCUGCUUCAGAUCCCAGUAA